CACGCUUCGGUCAAGAGCUCCUCCGGUCCUCGACUUGCUCCUAUCGACUCCUCCUCACCUCCCUGGGGCCUCGCCGAUUGUCUUCUCGAUAUACUCCAGCGCUCAGUCCGUGUUGUAAGCGGAGGGUUCAUCAUGGGUCGCUACUACCCUGCCAGUCUUGCAACCGUGUUAGUUGUAUUGAUAGCAGUGUAUCUGCUCUUCCGCGGUGAUGGUGAUCAUUUCGAUGUCGGCUACUUCCUCGAGUCGGUGUCUCCGUACGCCUGGGCGAACUUUGGAAUUGCUAUGUGCAUUGGAUUGUCGGUUGUUGGUGCUUCAUGGGGUAUCUUCUUGACCGGCUCAUCGAUCGUUGGAGGAGGUGUCAAGGCGCCCAGAAUUCGCACCAAGAACUUGAUCUCCAUUAUCUUCUGUGAAGUUGUGGCUAUCUAUGGUGUCAUCAUGGCCAUCGUCUUCUCCUCGAAGCUCAACCUUGUCGAAGGCGAUGCGCUCUUCUCUGGCAGCAACUACUAUACCGGAUAUGCGCUGUUCUGGGGCGGUAUCACCGUGGGCGCCUGCAAUCUGAUUUGCGGUAUCUCCGUCGGUAUCAAUGGAAGUGGUGCUGCCCUGGCUGAUGCUGCUGACCCUAGCUUGUUCGUCAAGAUCCUCGUUGUUGAGAUCUUUAGCUCCGUCCUGGGUCUGUUCGGCUUGAUUGUUGGACUCCUGAUUGGAGGAAAAGCGGUCGACUUCGAGGCUGCUGCUUGAAUAUUGAUGGAGCGUAGAGGGCUAUGAUGGGGAUGAUCUGUACGACCUAUAUCAUUCUUGUCUUCACUUUUUUGUUCUUUGUCCUACCUUUAGGCCGCAUUGGGCGCAUGGAUUCGAUUUGACUGUAGAACGGUUGGCUAUGCGUGAAUUGCAUUGAAAGUCUUGCUGCUUUGCCUGAUGGGCAAAUGCGUGAAGAGGGUGUAUAGUAACUUUUGGGAGAUAUCAUGAGAAUACUUGAACCAC